AAAUGCGUGAGCCACACAAGCAAUGAGGAAAGCCAGGCUCCAAACGCCAGGGAAGCUGAAGGGAGCCCAAAGGCCUGCUGGUCUCCCCCCCCCAUGCCUGAACAAGAAUCCCCCCAUGUUCUGCCCAUUCUGUGCUGUGGCCUGCCCAGGGCAGAGGAAUUGUCACUGCCCUUCCUGGACAAGCACAGCCUAAGCUCCCAUAGGUUUUUACGCCACCAUGUUGCUGUUUUGGCUGCUCUGUUGCCCCGUUGUUGAUUCUGUUGGACUGGACAGCCCCUGAAACCCCCACAGCUUUUUUUUAUAAGAACUGUUGCCUCACUACUCCCAUCCUGAACUGGCGGAGAGAACCCCCACCGCUCACACCAUGAAGGAAGAGAACUUCCUACGGCGCAGGUUUUCCCUCUGUCCACCUUCCUCCACUCCUCAGAAAAUUGACCCUCGGAAACUGACCAGGAACCUGUUCUUCAGUGGAGACCAUGAGAUCUACCCUCUCAGCCCAGGCAAAGACAUGGAAGGCAGCAACGGCGUGUCCCUGUUGAAGGAUGAAGUGCCUCAGACCCCAGUGUCCAUGACCAGAGCCCUGCAGAAUAACGACUACAGGCUUUGCAACGGACCUGACCGAGAGUCCUUGUCGCCCACGGCCAAAGUCACCAAGAAAGAGACUCUCAAGGUCCAAAAGAGGAAUUACCGACAGGAGAAGAAGCGCGCCACACAGCAACUGUUCAGUGCCCUGAAGGACCCCAGUGUGGUCAUCAUGGCUGACUGGCUGAAGAUCCGGGGCACCCUCAAGAGCUGGACCAAACUCUGGUGCAUCCUGAAGCCAGGCGUGCUGCUGGUCUACAAGACACCCAAGGUGGGCCAGUGGGUGGGCACCAUCCUGCUGCACUCCUGCGAGCUUAUCGAGAGGCCCUCCAAGAAGGAUGGCUUCUGCUUUAAGCUGUUUCACCCCCUGGACCAGUCCAUCUGGGCCGUGAAGGGUCCGAAAGGGGAGAAUGUGGGCUCCAUCACCCAGCCCCUCCCCAGCAGCUACCUGAUCUUCAGAGCGCCCUCUGAGUCUGACGGCCGCUGCUGGCUGGACGCCCUGGAGUUGGCUCUGCGCUGCUCCAGCCUCUUCCAGCUCAGUGCCUCCAAACAGGGGAAGGACGGAGAGCUGACCUGCCAGCUGGACUCCUCCCAGAUGCCUCUGGAUGGGCUGCUGCAUGGUGGGACCAUCUCAGACCAGGAUCUCUUUCAGCUGAACGAGGCCUCCCUGGAAAACCAUCAGCUGGAGAACGACGCUUUCUCAGACAGGUCAGAGAAAGACACCAUCGAGGAGUCGGAGAACGACACCCGAGAAAACAGCCGGAAAACCAACGACAGCGAGAGCGACCAGUCGGAAACCCCCGGGGAGCUCGGUCAGGAGAAAAAAGGGACAACGUACAUCGAGCAGAUCUACGAAGAAUUCGGGGAGACAGGAGAAUCUUCACAGACCGAGACGGUCUCUGAUGAAAAUAAGAGCCUCAUCUGGAUCCUGCUGAAACAGCUUCGGCCAGGGAUGGACUUGUCCCGAGUGGUGCUUCCCACAUUCAUCCUGGAGCCACGAUCCUUCCUCAACAAACUAUCUGACUACUACUACCAUGCAGAUCUGCUGUCUCAAGCUGUCCUGGAAGAAGAUCCCUUAAGUCGUAUGAAGCAAGUUGUUAGAUGGUAUCUCUCUGGCUUCUACAAGAAACCAAAGGGAAUCAAGAAGCCUUACAAUCCUAUCCUUGGAGAGACCUUCCGCUGCUGCUGGUACCACCCGCACACCAACAGCCAUACCUUCUACAUUGCUGAACAGGUCUCCCAUCAUCCCCCUGUGUCUGCUUUCCAUGUAAGCAAUAGGAAGGAUGGCUUCUGCAUCACUGGGAGCGUCCGAGCUAAGUCCAAAUUCUAUGGAAAUUCCCUCUCAGCCUUACUUGAUGGCAAAGCCACCCUGACAUUUCUAAGUAGAGGGGAAGAUUACAUCAUUACAAUGCCCUAUGCACAUUGCAAAGGAAUUCUGUACGGCACCAUGACAAUGGAGCUGGGUGGGAAAGUGACUAUAGAGUGUGAGAAGAAUAAUUACCAAGCAGAAUUGGAGUUUAAGCUCAAGCCUUUCUUCGGAGGCAGCUCGGGCCUUAACCAGAUCUCUGGGAAGAUUAAGUCAGGAGAGGAUGUCCUAGCAAGCCUUGAAGGACACUGGGACAGGGAGGUGUACAUCAAUGACCCAAGGAACGGCACCGCCGAUGUCUUCUGGAACCCGACGGCAGAUAUCCGGAGGCAGAGACUAAAGCGCCACAUUGUGCUGUUUGAGGAGCAAACAGGGCUAGAAUCAGAGAGACUGUGGCAGCACGUGACCAGCGCCAUCAACAAAGGCGACCAGGUGAAGGCGACCCAGGAGAAGUCCGUGCUGGAGGAGGAGCAGAGGAGACGGGCCCGGGAGAGGCAGGAGGCCUUUCUCGAAUGGAAGCCACUGCUUUUCCUCCAGGAUCCCAGCUCCCAGGAGUGGCACUACAAAUAUGAGGACCUGAGGCCUUGGGACCCCUUAACGGACAUCGCCCAGUUUGAGCAGGAUGGCAGGUUGCAGACUAUGGGCCGGCACACGCCCCUAAGGCUGAACGCUCAGAACCAAGCGGCCCGGCACAAGAGGUCAGGAAAGAACUGUCGGCACCGCAAAGCCAGCGAUCAGCCCUCCAACCACAGCCAGAACACGGAGAGCAGCUGCUCCACCCCCGAGUCUGUUCAGGACCUGUCUGAAGAAGAAGGGGAUGCAGGGCCUUCUGAUCUUUCUCCCACAGCCAACCUCACUGAGAUUCUGGUAUCUGGGGGAUCUGCUUGGCCCCAGACGACUCCAACUGGAAGCUGCCGAGGUAGAUAUGAAGAUUGUGAAAGCUCCUGUGUCCGGUGUGGGAAAGAGAGGCAGCAUCUGAAGGAAAUUCACACUGCAGUGCUGUCCCUACAGAAGGCCCAACAGGACAUCCACAGGAACCUCACGGCUCUCAACAAAAAGUCUCUGUACAGGCGGGUGCCAGGAAGCUUUCUCCAUAGCUCCAGAUGCUGGUUUCUACUCUGCGUGUUUCUGACGUGUCAGCUGUUCAUUAACUAUGUCUUGAAAUAAAAGCACUCUAGGGGCAGCAGCCCAUGCACCUCCCUGCCAAAUGAACACUGCCCCACCCCAGGAGCCCUCCCUGCCAAGGUGGCACCACAUUCCAUCCAGGGGAGGCCAGGCCCGAGGCCCCGAGCACCACUCCUGGGUAACCGGUGCCCUUCCAGGGGGUAUGGCUUCGGGACCUCAUUACCCGUGUGGGCCUUAAUCGCUGAAGCCAAAUGUAGCUUAUUUGUGCACUUUGCUCGUCCGUCCAUCCCUCCAUCCAUCCACCCACCCAUCCAUCCAUCCAUCCGUCUAUCUAUCGCAUGUGGUUAGUUCCCGAGUACCCCCAACCUGAGUGUGUGUGGCCUUUUCCCAAGUUCCACCCAGACACUUGGAGCAGCACAAAGGAAGGAAAGAGAGACAGGAGAGGGCCUGGCCUGAGGGGGCAGCUUGCAUGGUCCCUCCUUCCCUCCAUCCUUCCUCCUCUGAUGAGGGACAACCAUUUCAGGAAAUGCAGGGGGGCCCGAGGACCAGCCAGGAGCUGCAGAGCUUGUAAGCACAGUUAACGGUGCCCUACAUGCCGAGGGCCUGCCUCCUCAGGAAGCCAGGACUGUAAACCCCUGGCCUGAGUGAGAGGAGGGGCUCCAAGCUGGCAUCUGUGCUCAGUGCUGCCUGCCCACCUGGGCACUGGAAUCCAUGUGAAAUCUCUGCUCUGCGGCAGGAGACCAGCCUGGGCAUGAGCGAUGGGUGGCUGCUAGGGCAAGAGGGUCACAGAGCCACAGAAGGCCGGCCACUUCAUGUCCCCUCCCCCUGCUAGGAAGUCUCGUUUUCUAUCACUGACUGGCCAUUCUUAUGUUGUGCAGAGGGCUUCAUCGUGGAGCCUCCCCUUGUGCAGCUCACCCAGGCCAGGGAGCAAGCAGGAUGGCGGGUGUUAAGUGUGAGCACAUGUGAGUGAGCCGGUGUUUGUGUCAGUCUGUCUGUCUGUCCCCAUGCACCCUUGCCCGGCCAGCCUGCGAUGCCAGACGUCCAGCUGGUUGGCACUUCAUCAUGUCUGUCCCACAACUCCUGCCUUUGGGGAAACUUGUUUCUGCUUGAUAACAGUGAAAUAAAAUGACCUACCACUUUCA